GAAUAUAUUGGCAUUUCCAUUUGGUUGCGGCCACCGUUCCGAAAUGAGUUCCUCCAAUUCAGCAAUAUCUAUGGAUCGCCGUACCGUUGGGCGUAACAAUCGAGAGGGAGGAAUUCCCAGAAAAUGCCACUGUGGGGCUCCACCAAUCGUACGGAAUUCUUUGGGCAGAGAGUACCCGGGAAGGAGAUAUUACACAUGCGAAAUGGGUGAGGAUGGUGGGGCUCACAUAGGGAAAUGGUGGGAUGAGGCGAUGAUGGAGGAAGCAACAAUUCUGAUGUUGGAGAUGGAGGACGAGACGGAUAGGAUGCAGCGGAGCAAGAUUGAGAAGAUUCGGAAAAAUAUCCAGACACAUAGAGAGGAGAUGGAACACUUGUAUGACCUACAUGGAGAGCAUCAGACAGCAGUGGCAAUGAUGAAGGAGGUCAUCGUGAAGAAGAGCGAUGUAAUGGGAGUAAAAGCAAUGAAGGCAGAAAUCGCGAAGAAGAGCGACGGGAUAGCAGUUGAGCUGAGAAACAUGUUCUUAAGUAGUGUCCAGUUGGAUGGCAACUAAUAACCCGUAAACGUUUUCCUGGAUUGAAGUAACCUCAUUUUCUCAUGGCUUGAAGUUACAUCAUAAUUAGUAGUAAACUCCGAAAUGUUCA